CAAGCGCACACACAUUUACUCAGAUGCUGCUCCCACACAUUACGGCAGAGUCCAGGAAUGAGGAGAGACUCAGUUCUGAUGGAAAAGAAUGUGUAGAGCGCUGGGGAGGUUUUACAGUUCGAGCUAAAGACAGGGAGAACUGCUCUGUGUGUAUAAGGUGGAGUGGUUGUAGUUAAUAAGUAACAGUCACUUAAGGUUCAAAGGUUCAGUCACACUGGGAACUGGGAAAACUUCCUUCGGUGGCAGUUAAAGAAAACACUUUCUUAUUUAAAUUUGUGUUAUUAAUAUAUUUGUGAAGUUAUAGAGAAUCUGAGAUGGGAAAGAAGCAGGCAGAUACAGGGCCACUGUCGAGGCGUCCGGAUAACUCCGCAUUUAAACAGCAGAGGUUACCCGCCUGGUCUCCAUCUCUCACGGCACAGACCGUGCUGCCAACCUUCUACAUCCUCUCUCUCGUGUGCUUGUUUCUGGGCAUCUGGCUCCUCAUCACUGUUGAGAACACAUAUGAACUGAAGGUGGACUACACUAAUGCUGGAACAUGUGAACGAUGCUUCGAGAUGCGGAAGCAUGCCAUCCACACCAGAACAACCUGCACAUGCUUAGUCAACUUCUACGUUCCAAAAACCUUUUCGGGCGAUGUAUUUUUUUACUACGGUCUGAGAAACUUUCAUCAGAACCUGCGGAGGUACAUGGACUCCCGCGAUGACACACAGAUGGUGGGGAAGAAGAACAACCUGAAGGCACCGAGUUCAUACUGCGCUCCGUUCGAUUACGAUGCAAACGGAGUACCCAUUGCCCCAUGUGGUGCUGUGGCCAACAGCAUGUUCAACGACUCAUUUACAGUGAUGUAUUAUCCAACAAAUGGGCCAGAAGUGCAAGUUCCACUCUACAGGAAGGGCAUCGCUUGGUACACGGACAAAAACGUCAAGUUCCGUAACCCUCCGACCAACAACACAUUCACACUCUCACAAGCCUUUGAAGGCACGAUUCGGCCCUUAUACUGGCAGCGUCCGGUUUAUGAGCUGGAUGACACAGACCACAACAACAAUGGCUUCAUAAAUGACGACCUGAUUGUUUGGAUGAGAGAGGCGGCCUUCCCUAAUUUUAAAAAGCUUUAUGGGGUUCUCAAUCGUGCUCAAGGGCCUUUCACUCAAGGCCUGCCUGCUGGCAACUACAGCGUCUCUAUAAUUUACAAUUUUCCUGUCGAGCCCUUUAGAGGUCAGAAGGAGCUGGUGAUCUCCAUGGUGACCUGGUUUGGUGGGCAGAAUUACUUUCUGCCCAUAGCGUACCUGGUGACCAGUGGACUGAUCUUGGUGGCAGCUAUCGUACUCACAGUGGUGUAUGUGAAAGUGGGCAAAAAGGGCAAGAACAUGGAGGAAUAAACCAUAGUAGGAAGGAAAUGUAAAUCAGAAAAGAAUGACAUAAACACUGCACUUCAAGGCACAUUGGAAGGAAUUGAAUUGUACAUAUACAUUGUACAUAUCAGCCUAAUUAUGAGAAAAAAAUUGUUGACCAAAACUCAUUUCAUAUGGUUCUACAAUAAUAUUAAUAUCCUUAUAUACAGUGGCAUUCAAAAAUAUGAGUUCACAUCGAAAGUCUGGGAUUAAAAAUAGAGAGUGUUCAUUUUUCAAUUCAGCUUUUCACGCAAAUUGUUAUGCUUAUAAUUUGUAAUGGAAACAAACAAAUCUGUAUUAAAGUAGAAAAAAAUGCAAAAUAGAAACAUUUUCACAAGUGAACUUUUGAACCCCACUGUUAUGAAAUGUAAAAACUGGCCAUAUUUCCAGACAGGAAAUGAUAAUGGAUAAGUAUAAUUUCCAGCUGUUUUGAAAUCAUUGCACUGGGGUCUCUUCUCACAUCUGAUAUGAUCUAAGUUUGGAAUAGCAUACUACUAACUUAUUUAUGCUGUGUGUAGGGCAUAUAUUGUGUGUAGUAUGCAAGUUUACUUUCUACAGUGUAUACUCAGUUGACUCACAAUAUUUAUAAAAGUGCUGUAUAAAAAAGGGGACACCUGACUUGAUCUUCCAUGUUCAGUGUGAUGAAUGAACCCGAAGAAAUUGCAUAAUGUUUAACAUUCUAUUAAAAAACAAACAAAAAAAACAGGUACGUACUGCAUAAGUACGCAGUAUACCAGUAAACUACCAGCAGGGGGCGUCUGUGACAAUAUACGAAAUAUAUUGAACGCGAUUACAAACCACCUGUAUUUACUGAACGCUGCAUUUACUUAUUAUACAGCGUAGAAUGUGUGUUAAUUUUUUCAUUUAAGAGUUGUAUAAGAAUGUAUCAGUUUUACACACUUGGCUUAUGUAUUUAUGCGCUUUCAACACUCCACAUAGUUUACAAAGUGACUCUUUUGUCAGUUUGACAGUUGGGUAUAACGCAUUCGUCAUUCAGUCAGACGCUAAUAUUUGCGGGAAAUUUAUUAUUUUUUAAAUUCUUUUAUAAUUAUUACACAUGUAUUACGACUUCAUAUUAUUUGAGGAACAACAUGGAAUGUUGAGAAGGAACUACAAAAUAGUUGGUAAUUAAAAUAUUGAGUUAUUGUGAUAGCACCUUUUAACUAUAUAAAUACGCACACACACACACACACACACACACACACACACACACACACA